GAUGAAAGCUCUGUCGUACAGAACUUAUUUAAUGGCCUCAUCAACUCCUCUGAUACUUUUUCUCCUCAUACUACUUCUCAUCUAACCCAAAAAAAACUUUUAUACCUUGGAAAUAUCUUGCUCUAGAGAAUUCAUAGCAACAUUGCCUAUUUCUCCACAGCUAUCAUGCGUUUCCACAAUCGUGACUUGAUGCUUCUCAGUUUAUUCCUGAUUGCCCUCGCACACACCGUUUGUGCUCGCGAACUCGAGUGUUGGAGGUUUACGGACCUCGAUGGCAAGGUAGCCGCCUGCGAAAAUCCGUACCACAAAAUUAGCACAAUAUGUCCAAUAAGCUCAUGUACCAUUACCAGUAUUCCUCUUGGAAGAUGCUCCCGGCCCGGGGAACAGCCCGUGAUUGUAAAACAUUGUUACGCGUAUGGACCCAGUCCUACCAAUGCUAACACAAUCGGCCAGUGGGAGAGCGCAGUCAUAGAGUGCAAAUCUCGGAGUGAAAGUGUGCCAUAUACAUGCCAAGUCAGCCUCAAAACAUUGCCAAAGAUAAGAUGUAGCAGGUGUCAUGGUUGGUAAGUUCUUACAUGGUCUGACUAUCUCGAUGCACAAUCAACUGUUCCCUGGUAGUGCUACUGUCUUGAGUCUUGGGAUCCAUUUUUCCAAGUACACGAGGUCGGAACUCCCCAGUGUGUUUGGGAAACUUGUCAGGACAGAAAUGGGGACUUCAAAGGUUUAUCCUUGAGCUCAUGGUAUGGAUCAUCAAGCCUACAUGGACAUUCAAGCUCUUCUAUCAAUUUUUAUCUUUCUUCACCUGUCUUUCUCAUUUUUGUUUCGUGUAGUCCUGUUUCGUUUCUGUGCUUCCCAAAUUUGCAAGAUCAACCUUUAAACUAUUUACAUACAUUUGUCUGAAGUGACUUGAUGGAAUGGCUUUGUGUUUUCAUUAUCCAUAGGUUUGUAGGAGUUUGAUUGAUUGAUUCCUCACAUGUCAUCAAAUUAGUUCUCAC